CUAUAAAAACUUACUCCCAUUGCUGGCAUCCAUUUCUCUCUCUCUCUGUCUAAACAUCAGAAUCAUGUGAUUUCUAGGCGUUGUUUAAUCGGCAUAGAUAUCUGCAACUAUUUAGCUUGAAGACGGAGAUUUCCUUAAGCUAAGUUGCAGAGAGAUUCGAUACAGUCAGCACAAUGAGAGAGAGACCUGAUUUGUUGUUGGAUCUGAAUUUGGAAGCUUUAGUUUCAUCUGACCCGACCCGCGACGAACCCGGCCGGGAAAACGCCGCCUCCGCGAUCGCCAGCCAUGAGUCUGCCUCGUCGAACACCGCAUCGUCUUCCUCCGUCGUCAGCUCCGACGACCCGCCGGCCUCCGUUGCCGAGGAGUCGAACAGCUCCUCGCCCCCUGGCUUUGCUCGCUGUUGCGAUUCGACUCUCACCUUCUCCAUACUGAAAAGCGGAUUCCGUAUUGAGGAUGAAAUCAGUGAGACCAGCGUCUUAGUCACCAGGCAGCUUUUGCCUGUAGCGGGAGAGUCGAUUUUGUCGUUUGCUAGGCCUUCUCCCCCGCCUCAUCAGAACUGGUUGAAAUUGUCCGUGCCGGAGACAGGUGGAGGGGUGGAAGUGGGAAUUUAUGAGCCGCUGCCGCCAAGCAUGCAGCCCCUCCAGCCAAUUAAGAAGAGCCGCCGUGGACCUCGUUCCCGGAGCUCACAGUAUCGCGGUGUCACGUUUUACAGGCGGACUGGAAGAUGGGAGUCGCAUAUCUGGGACUGUGGGAAGCAAGUUUAUCUGGGAGGAUUCGACACAGCUCAUUCUGCUGCUAGGGCAUAUGAUCGCGCUGCUAUUAAGUUCAGAGGAGCUGAUGCCGACAUCAAUUUUCAAUUAAGUGACUAUGAAGAAGAUAUGAAACAGAUGAAGACCUUGAGCAAAGAGGAGUUUGUUCAAAUUUUGCGACGCCAAAGCACUGGAUUUUCUAGAGGUAGCUCAAAAUUCAGAGGAGUAACCUUGCAUAAAUGUGGUCGGUGGGAGGCUCGGAUGGGUCAAUUGUUAGGGAAAAACUGCAGGUAUAUGUAUCUUGGGCUAUUCAAUUCUGAAGUUGAAGCUGCAAGGGCAUAUGACAAAGCAGCCAUGAAAUGUUAUGGAAGGGAUGCGAUGACCAACUUUGAGCCUAGUGCAUAUGAAGGGGAGAUAAAUAGGGAAAGUAGUGUUGGAGGUACCAACGAGUCCAAUGAGAGUCUUGAUCUGACCCUUUGGUUUUCUCCACCAUUGGACCACCUUCAAAGGCCUGAGAAUUCCAAAGAGUUGCUUUCAAAUUUCGAAGCUUGUGAAUUGUCUCCUUUUAAAAGAUUGAAGGUUCAGUGCACCCCCGGCACACCGUAUGGUCCGGCAAUGUCAUUCAAGUAUUCCAGCUUGGGUGGCAUGCAAUCUGGGCCUAUUCCAAACAAUGAGAAGGGACUAUUUGGAAUGAGGGUAGAAACAACAUCUUCUCCAGCAUUUUCAAAUGGGCGAUGGCAUAGUCAGGGUGUGAACCCUUCAGUGCCACAGUUUCCUUCUUCUGCAGCAUCAUCAGGAUUCUCUUCCAUUAAUUCUUCUUCCAUAUUCACAUACCCUUCGGCUGAUCAUCCGCCGGGUAAGGCAUCCCUUCAAAACCAUCUGAUGACCCUUACCCGCAACUAGAGGGAUUUGCUUGUGGCCUCAGCACAGCAAUGUAUGGCCCACAUAUUCAUGCCCUACACAAUUCAUUUUCUCUAUAUUGUGAAUCAUCAUACUCAAGUGUAUAUAGGACUAUCAUGCUCUCCCCUCCUAUGGGGACAAUGUGUAGGGUUAUCUGCAGUCAUAAGGAUGACCAGUUUGUGCUUUUAAUUAUCCCUUACAAAGACAUGAAGGUAAACCAGUAAAAUGGUAGCUGGUGAUUUGUGAAAUUGACAAUGAAUAGAGAGACUUGUUCUCUUUCCAAGAUUGUUAAGCCUUGGGGCAUGUGAAGAAAUUAAAAUCCUUUGUCCUCU